AUGGGUCAGACCACUUCUGUUCAGAGUAACGCGAAUUCAGGCUAUACUAAUGAAAAAGACGUGUUGAUAAGUUUUGACAAAAGGGCCGUCAAAUCUCUGACUGCACCAGAACUCACCUCGUUUAAAGCCAAUAUAUGCGGCAGAUCUCUGGAAGAUACAGUCACAACCGAAGAAUUGAAAGCUCUGCUACGCCUCCCCGAUAUCAACGACAAAUUGAGUUGUCUGCUGGCCAGUUUUUUCCAGACGUUGUCAAACUUCCCGUUGAUUAAAGACUGUUACGAGAACAUAACGUACGUCGGAGUUUUGAAAAGCUGUUUGCUGAUCAACAGACAAAGGUGCUUGAAAUACGUUCAUGAUAAAUUUUACGAUCACAAAAAACUUGUAUUUAUCGCACUGGCGCUCAAUAAGAAUGUGAAAGAACUGUCAGCUACCCCAAAUUCAGUCGAAUCUCUCGAUGUGUCAAACAUCGUUUCUAACUUUAACAACGUUUCGAUGGAUGAGCUUACAGUACCUGCGGACGCAAUGCUAGAAUUUGUUACGUUGAUGCUGCGAAUAUCGAUGCAUACCACAACCACAAACUCCAAGCUUGGAACCUCGCUCUCGAAGAGCUGGGAUUCUUUCAAAAUAUUUGCAUUGAACAUUGUAAGGACUAUGAAUCCUUGCAUUGUAACCUCACAAGAUACCCUGAAAAAUGUUAUUACGUAUACAAGUUUUAGCGAAACGCUGUCGUUAGCAUGUCCGAGCUUGCUCCUUCCUCUGGAGAGGUUGGUGGAGCACAUUCUGUUUUUGGAAAGAGAUCUGGUCAAUCCACACGCAUUGAGUUUACCAAAAUUGGAAUCGAAGCUGGCAACCGAACCACUGCUUUCGCAGCUUGCCACUAUUUGGCCGCGCGAGCUGGUGUUCUCAAAACUUCAGAAACUAUAUGUAGGUCGGGACAGCGGUUUUUCCAUGCGUUCUUUCCAAGCAAAAGUUUUCAAAUGGAUGGCCCCCUCCAUGAUGCUGGUAAAUGGGAUAAGAAUACCAGACGACGAGGAGUACGUGAGGUCCAAAAAUCACCGAUACCAGACCUUCUUGAAUGAAUAUCCACGUCUCAAAGACGAAGAUCAAGAGACAUUGCCCCCAUUCACAGGUAAAAAAAAGCUCACUUUCGCCGUUUAUGUCAACGAACCUUGGAAGAUUACCAAUGCUGAGCUGUUUGGCGAUACCAAAACGACCAUAAUACAAUUGUCUCCUAUUCAAGAGGUCUACAAAGCCGCAACACCGGGCAAUGUUUGCUUCAACACUCUAGGCGGUGGAAUCGGCAUAGGCAGCUCCCUGCCGGUUUUGAAGAACUCUAGCAGACGGUACGUCCCAGGCAACGUUUCCUUAACUAUCGAUCCGAACCUAGAAUUUGGCGCGUUUAGAAACGUUGGCCGUGGCGGGAGCAUCAACCCUGGCUCAAUGACGACUGGCUGUAGCGAGCACAAGUUCCUCAUACAGGACAUUGAAGUUUGGGGAUGCGGAGGAGAAAAGGAACUAGAAGAGCAAUUGAAGAACUGGGAGUGGGAAGAAGCAGAGGCACAGAGGAGGCAACGAAUCAACCUAAAAAGCAUCAAUGAUGAUAGGGCAUUAUUGGAACUAGCAGGACUGGUGGGACAAAAUCAAAGCGGUGGCUCGAUGUGA